AUGAGGAUCGCCGUGCUCACAUCAGGAGGCGACAGUGCCGGGAUGAACGCCGUCGUCCGUGCCGUCGUCAAGGGCGCUAUCCUAAAGGGCUGCGAUGCCUUCGUCGUUCGUGAAGGCUACGAAGGUCUCGUCCUUGGAAAUGCCGAUGAGGCCUACGUUCCCCACGCAGAACUCGACACGACCGCGCCUGCCGAGGUCCGAGACCCAUCUUUCAUCCAAAAUCUUCGUUUCGGAGACGGUGAGUUGCUCAGAGAUGGUACGGGAGAUUACCCGGGAGGAAGGAGUUUGAAGGGGAGGUAUAUCGUUCGUGUCGGGUGGGAUGAUGUUCGUGGUUGGUUCGCCGAGGGUGGCACCUUGAUUGGAACGGCUCGCUCUGCUGCGUUCAGGACUCCAGAAGGUCGUCUCACGGCUGCCUAUAACCUCAUCAAGGAAGGCAUCGACGCUAUCUGCGUUUGUGGAGGAGAUGGUUCCCUCACCGGUGCUGACGUUUUCCGCGCCGAAUGGCCCAAACUGAUCAAAACCCUACGUGCUGAAGGUGUGAUCACCGAUGAACAGCUCAACCGCUUUGGCCAUCUGAAGAUCGUCGGUCUCGUCGGUUCCAUCGACAACGACAUGUGCAUGACCGAUCUCACAAUCGGUGCCCCGACCGCGCUGCAAAGAAUUUGCGAAGCCAUCGACAAUAUCAAUUCAACCGCUAUCUCUCACUCUCGUGCAUUCGUACUAGAGGUCAUGGGUAGGCACUGUGGUUGGCUUGCCUUGCUGGCAGGUGUCAGUGGAGGUGCAGAUUUCGUCUUCAUCCCUGAAUCUCCGCCAAAGGGCGAAUCUUGGGAAGACGAGAUGUGUGCGGUCAUUCAUCGCCAUCGUGAGGUCGGAAAGCGCAAGACCAUCGUCAUCGUCGCCGAAGGUGCCCACGACAGGCAACUCAACCCCAUUCACUCCGAUGCUGUCCGCAAAGUCCUCGCCGAGCGUCUCGGUCUCGAUACCCGUGUGACGACUUUGGGCCACACUCAGCGUGGCGGUAGACCCUGUGCUUAUGACCGUAUCAUGCCCACUUUGCAAGGCUUGGACGCUGUCGACGCUUUGCUCGAGGCCACGCCGGACAAGCCCUCGUACAUGAUUGGUGUCCGCGAGAACAAGAUUACUCGUGUGCCGUUGAUGGAGGCUGUCGCAAUGACCCAAGAAGUCACCAACGCGAUCAAGGCGAAGGAUUUCGACAAGGCUAUGGCGCUUCGUGAUCCCGAGUUCCAGGAAAGUCUGGAGGGCUUCUUCAUCACGUCAAUGCUCCCCGAUAAGCCAGUCCUGCCUCCUGCCCAACGAAUCCGUGUCGCUAUUAUGCACAUGGGUGCCCCCGCAGGUGGUAUGAAUGCCGCCACCCGUACUGCCGUCCGAUAUUGUCUCCGCGAAGGACACACCCCUCUCGCCAUCCACAAUGGUUUCCGCGGCCUUCUCGACGACAACCUCCACGAACUCUCCUGGCUCGGCGUCGACGGCUGGAUGUCCCGCGGUGGCUCCGAACUCGGAACGAACCGCACGCUGCCCGACGUCGACCUCGGCGCCGUCGCCUCCAAAUUCCAACAACACAACAUCCAAGCGCUCAUCAUGAUCGGCGGCUUCGAGGCCUUCUCUGCGCUGUUGAUAUUGGAGAACGGGAGGAAGUAUUAUCCUGCGUUCCAUGUGCCGAUGGUGCAUCUACCGGCGACGAUCAGUAAUAAUGUGCCGAUGACGGAGUUUAGUCUUGGGAGCGAUACGAGUUUGAAUGCGCUGGUGGAUGCGUGCGAUGCGAUUAAGCAGAGUGCAUCGGCUAGUAGGAAUAGGGUUUUCGUGGUCGAGACGCAGGGUGGGAAAUGUGGGUAUAUUGCGACCAUGGGUGCGCUCGCGGUCGGAGCGAGCAUCGUUUACACGCCAGAGAACGGAAUCGACCUCGCCACGUUGCAGGAUGAUGUCAAAUGGCUCAAGACGCGGUACUCACUCGACUCGAAGGGAAAGAGCGAGGGUCGUGUCAUACUUCGCAACGAAGCUUCUUCCUCCGUCUACAGCACGGAAGUGAUCAUGAAAAUGCUCAAGGAAGAAGGCGGUUCCCUCUUCGACGCCCGCUCAGCUUCACUCGGACAUACACUCCAAGGCGGAAUCCCCUCUCCACUCGACCGUGCUCGUGCCGUCCGUCUCUCCCUCAAAUGCAUGUCCUUCAUCGAGAAACAAUGGAACGAACUCCAAGCGAUGCCGGCGAAGGCGAGACACGCGAAGAGCGACAGCGCGGCGGUGAUCACUAUACAGGGGAGCGCGGUGAAGUGGGUUCCGGUGCAGGAGAUGGUGGAGCAUGCGGAUAUGAAGAAUAGGAGGGGAGUGCAUGCGUGGUGGGAGGGGACGAAGGUGUUGGUGGAGAGUUUGGUGGCGAGGCCGCAGUUGAUUUGA